GCGCCCUCUCUCUCCCCCCCCGUCAGGAGAGGCGUUUGCGGCUUGGACUCCCGCUCCGCUCCCCAGGCCGUGGUUCCGUGCUGUGUGUGGGGAAGAUGGCGGCUGAGGAGGCUGUAGUGGCAGCGCUGGCCCGGCUGCCCCCCGAAGAGGGGGAGCCGGAGGAGGAGGAGGCCGGAGAGAUCAAUGGCGUGGUUGUGUCUGGAAAAAUGGAUAACAACAAACUAGAUGUGUAUAUGUCUGAAGCAGAAAUGAAAAACAAAGAGGAAAGAACAGAACAAGAGUCUAUAAGGGAGUCUGAUAGUACUAUUUUGGAUGCCUCAUCUGAUUCUCCAAGAGAGAAACAUAUUUCAAUUCAAAGACAGCUUGCUGAUCUAGAGAAACUAGCUGACCUGAGUGAAGGUGAGUUUACCUCGGCUGUUUCCCAGAACACAGAUCAACAUGUUGCAGCUGGAAAGAAACCUUGCCCACUGUGUCCUGAAGAGAAAUUCAAAGCUUGUUAUAGUCAUAAGCUCCAUCGCCACCUUCAAAAUUUGCAUUGGAAGGUUUCUGUUGAAUUUGAAGGAUACAGAAUGUGCAUCUGUCACUUACCUUGUCGCCCAGUGAAGCCAAACAUCAUUGGAGACCAGAGCUCUACAAAGAUGGGAGCCCAUUAUCACUGCAUCAUCUGUUCUGCAACCAUUACACGAAGAACUGACAUGAUAGGGCAUAUUAAGCGCCACGUGAACAAAGGAGAAACUGAGUCCAGGUAUAUUGCAGCCGCUGCUCCUAAGUCUUCUCAUGAAGUGCUGAAAGAGGCAGACACAGAUGUACAAGUUCUUCCUAACUACUCCACACCUCAGAAAUCAGAUUCCUAUUUUAAUCCCAAAAUGAAACUCAACAGGCAACUGAUAUUCUGUGCAUUAGCUGUUUUGGCUGAAGAACGGAACCCGUUAGAAUGUUUGGAUGCAUUUGGGGCCACCGGUAUAAUGGGAUUACAGUGGGCAAAGCAUCUUGGAAAUUCUGUGAAGGUUACGAUUAAUGAUUUCAAUGAAAAUUCCGUGACAAUGAUUCAGGAAAACUGCCAUUUAAACAAGAUGAAGGUGAUGAUGAACCCUAAGGAAGAGGAUGACUGUGAUGACACUAUGGAAGAAGGAGAGGAAAAUGUAGGCAUUAUUGAUGUGACAAAAAUGGAUGCCAAUGUCAUAAUGCACUUGAGAUCCUUCGAUUUUAUACACCUGGACCCAUUUGGAACAGCUGUGAACUACCUGGAUUCUGCAUUCAGAAAUGUAAGAAAUCUUGGAAUAGUAUCAGUGACAUCCACAGACAUCAGUUCUCUGUAUGCAAAAGCUCAGCAUGUGGCCCAGCGCCACUACAGCUGUAACGUUGUCAGAACGGAGUACUACAAGGAACUGGCAGCUAGAAUAGUCGUUGCUGCUGUGGCAAGAGCUGCAGCUCGAUGUAACAAAGGCAUUGAAGUUUUGCUUGCAGUAGCUCUAGAACACUUUGUCCUAGUAGUGGUGAGAGUUUUGAGGGGACCAUCUCCUGCAGAUGAUUCAGUCAAGAAAAUUCGGUAUCUUAUGCACUGCCAGUGGUGUGAGGAGAGGAUUUUUCAGGAGGGUAAUAUGGUAGAAGAAAACCCUUACCGGCAACUACCUUGUGACUGCCACGGCAGUAUGCCUGGGAAGACAGCAGUAGAGCUUGGUCCUCUGUGGUCAGGGUCCCUUUUUAACACUGGAUUCCUCAGAAGAAUGCUGUUUGAAGCUGUUCAGCACGGCUUGGAUGAGAUUCAGCCACUUGUAAAGACAUUAAUCUGUGAAGCAGAGUGUACAACUCUAAAACAGUUUUCAAUCCAUGGUCCUGCCAGCCAGAACAAACAAGAAGAAUGUGGUGUCUUUAUUAAAACACCAGAUACUGCUGCUGACUACUAUGUGGUACAAGGUAAAAGGAAAAGUAAUGAAAUGAGUAGAAACAUAGCAAAAAGACUGAAGUCCGAAAGCAAUGCUGAGCACCCUGCAUUUUACUAUAAUAUCCAUAGACAUAGUAUCAAAGGAAUGAACAUGCCAAAGUUAAACAAGUUCUUACAGUAUCUGUCCCAAGCUGGGUAUAGAGUAAGCCGAACCCAUUUUGAUCCCAUGGGAGUUCGCACAAAUGCACCCUUGGCACAGUUUAAAUCUAUCCUUGUGAAGUACAGCACUCCCACGUACACUGGGGGGCAGGCAGAAGGCCCUGUCCAGUCCACUGAAGAUGCCCAGGCAGGAGAUAAUGUCCAAACUGCUGUAGCUGACAAGUCAGGAGACAUGGAGUUCACAGAAGAUAAUAAAUCAGGAGACACUCUCACGUUCACAAAAGACAGCUAUAAUGAUAACUUUACUGAUGCUGAAUGCAAAUAAUGUGUUAAUUUGAGAUUUGCAACUAAGCCCUACUCAUGUAAACCAAUCUACAGAACUGGU